AUUUCAGAAGCAUACUCUUGCCUGCUGUCUGCUUAGCCUUGCUCAAGCUAUUCAUUCAAGGAUUCUGAAGAAGAUACAUAAGCCAACUCGAUAUUCUGGGGUAUGCAUGAGGAGAUUUGGACUUGGGAAGGAAGUCCAGUGUGUCAAAGAGGCAAAUACAUUGAAAAAAGAGUAAAGUUUCUACUGCUGUCUUCUUGCCAAAUGGUUGAAGAGAUGAGCCCCCUUCGGUCCUCAGGAUAUGUUGAUCCUGGCUGGGAGCACGGUAUUGCUCAAGAUGAAAGGAAAAAGAAGGUUAAAUGCAACUACUGUGGGAAAAUAGUCAGUGGUGGAAUUUUUCGAUUGAAGCAACAUUUGGCUAGACUGACUGGAGAAGUUACUCACUGUGCAAAGGUUCCAGAGGAUAUAUGCUUGAGAAUGAGGAAAAACCUGGAAGGAUGCCGUUCUGGUAGAAAGCAAAGGCAGGCUGAAUAUGAACAGGGUUCUUUAACUUUCCAUUCUAAUGAGUAUAAUUAUGCAGGAGAAGCAAGUGUUGGUUAUAAACAGAAAGGCAAGAAAUUAGUGAUUGAUAAGAAGCUGUUUAGGGGUUUCUCCCCUUUCCGGGCAUUAGGAUGUGUGGACCCUGGUUGGGAACAUUGUAUUCCACAGGAUGAAAAGAAGAAAAGGGUGAAAUGCAAUUAUUGUGAAAAAAUAAUUAGUGGAGGCAUAAAUCGGUUUAAACAACACCUGGCUAGGAUCCCUGGAGAAGUUGCAUACUGUGAAAAGGUGCCCGAGGAUGUGUAUCUUAAGAUUAAGGAGAACAUGAAAUGGCACCGUACUGGCAGAAGGCCUCGCAAACCAGAUAUUAACACAGCAUCUACAUGCUAUUUGCAUUCAGAUAAUGAGAAUGAAGAGGGAGAGCAGGAUGAAGGGUUUUUGCAAUGUAUGAGUAAGGAUAUUCAGGCUAUUGAUGAUAAAGUUUCAGACGGUGACAUUAGAAAUAAUGUCAAGGGGAGGUCUCCUGGUACUAGUGUCAAUGGUGCUGAACCUAAACGAUCAAGAUUAGAUUCCAUAUUUUUGAAAUCACUAAAAUACCAGACAUCCCCACUCUUCAAGCAAGUAAAAGCAAAGAUGAUAUGUGAAAAGAGAACUCGGAAGGAAGUAGUAUCUGCUAUCUGCAAAUUCUUUUAUCAUGCAGGAAUCCCUUCAAAUGCAGCAAACUCCCCAUACUUCCGUAAAAUGCUAGAGUUGGUUGGCCAAUAUGGGCAAGGUCUGAAAGGCCCUUUCAGCCGACUAAUAUCCGGUCAAUUCCUUCAGGAUGAGAUCACUACCCUCGAAGAGUAUCUAAUGGAGUUUAAAGCAUCUUGGGCAGUUACUGGCUGCUCCAUUGUGGCUGAUAGUUGGAAAGAUGUGCAGAGUAGGACAAUAAUAAACUUUUUGGUCUCUUGUCCUCGUGGUUUAUAUUUUGUUUCUUCCACUGAUGCCACUGACAUAAUAGAGGAUGCUGCAAACCUUUUUAAGCUGUUUGACAAAAUGGUGGAAGAGAUAGGCGAGGACAAUGUAGUCCAGGUAAUUAGUAAGAAUACUGCCAGUUUUAGGAUUGCUGGGAAGAUGCUUGAAGCGAAAAGGAGAAAUUUGUUUUGGACACCAUGUGCUGUCAAUUGCAUUGAUCAAAUGCUUGAAGAUUUUCUGAACAUAAAAUGGGUAGGAGAAUGUUUUGAUAAAGCCAAAAAAAUUACAAGGUUUAUCCAUAACAGCACAUGGUUGGUAAAUUUUAUGAAGAAAGAAUUUACAAAGGGACAGGAACUUCUUAGGCCAUCUGUCACGAAGUUCGCCACUAGUUUUUUCACUUUACAGAGCUUGUUGGACCAAAGGAUUGUUCUUAAGAGAAUGUUCCAAUCAAACAACUGGCUUUCUUCCCAACUUGCCAAAUCAGAUGAGGGUAAAGAAGUUGAGAAAAUUGUCUUAAAUGUCACAUUUUGGAAGAAGAUGCAAUAUGUGAGGAAAUCUUUAGAACCAAUUGCACAAGCUCUUCAAAAGAUAGACAGUGAUGAAACUCGGUCAAUUUCUUCUAUAUAUAUUGACAUGUAUAGAGCUAAGCUUGCAAUUAAAGCCAUUCACGGUGAUGAUGCUCGAAAAUACGGGCCUUUCUGGAGUGUGAUAGAAUGCCACUGGAAUUUGCUAUUCCACCAUCCUCUCUGUGUAGCUGCAUACUUUCUCAACCCGUCAUACCGGUAUCGACCAGAUUUCACUAUGCAUCCUGAGGUGAUUCGUGGUCUAAAUGAAUGUAUUGUUCGACUUGAACCGGAUGGUAGGAAAAGAAUCUCUGCAUCCAUGCAGAUUCCUGAUUUUGUUUCCGCCAAAGCUGACUUUGGAACAGAUUUGGCUAUUAGUACUAGAACAGAGCUUGAUCCAGCUGCAUGGUGGCAACAACAUGGGAUAAGUUGCUUAGAGCUGCAACGAAUUGCCAUUCGAAUACUAAGUCAGACGUGCUCAUCUUUGGGAUGUGAACAUACCUGGAAUAUCUAUGAUCAAAUUCACAGAAUAAGGCGCAACUGUUUGUCUCAGAAGAGAUGGAAUGAACUUACCUAUGUCCACUACAACUUGCGACUUAGAGAACGCCAGCUGGGAAGUAAGCCUGAUGACAUGAUAUCAUUUGAUAGUGCCAUGUUGGAAAGCAUGCUAGAUGACUGGAUUGUGGAGACAGAGAAACAAGCAUUGCAAGAAGAUGAGGAGAUCCCUUACAAUGAGAUGGAGCAACUCGAUGGAGAUGAGAUGGAUGAGAAUGAGAAUGAAGAAAAUAAACAUGCAGAAGAGGUUACAUCUGUUGGUGUGGUUGAACCUUUGGAUGUUAACCCUUCUGCUGGGGUUAUAAUCACUGAUGAUGAUGCGCUUGAUUUUAUUGCUGAGCAUUUGACAGAUUAGUUAUUCUGUAUAUGGCUCAUCAAAUUUGGAGUAAGCAGCUAUAUAUGCAUAUGCAAUUAUUACCGAGUAUUUAUAAGUGGUUUGGUGUUACUGAAGACCAAUUCUUGUAAUUUGUUGUUUAAUAUGUUAUUAUUAAGGUAUUCAGUUCUUGCCAAUUUAUACAGACUUGUUUUCAGUUUCUU